UCCUUCAUUGUUUCAAUCCAACGUAACAGUGUCGUAGUCUCUGCAUCUUCGUCGGAGAAGGAGAAUCAAAGAAGAGGAAAAUAAAAAAAAUGCAGAGAUUCACGGCGAAAAGGUCAAUACUGGGAAGUUCGAUUUCCCGGUGGAGACGACGCCUCUCUUCGACGGCUGCCGUGCAUGAUUCCGAUGAGUUCGUCGCGAGGCUUCCGCCGUUCGAUUACACUCCUCCUCCGUACGAAGGCCCAUCCGGAGAUGAGAUCCUCGGAACACGGAAGGAGUUUCUCAGUCCCUCCAUGUUCUGCCUCUACCGCAAGCCGGUGAGUUCGAUUCUCUCUCUCACGGGGCCACAAUGCAUUUCGAAUUUCUGAUCAUUUCGCGAGAUUCGCUGAGGCCCUGAUGUGGUGGAGCCAGUCAUCAACCAAAUCAAGCGACUUCAACACCCCACUGUUCUUUACCUUAACAAUGCCAUCGCUGAUUUCGCUGAGGCCCUCUCUUCCAAGCUCCCUGGUGACCUCAAGGUGGUGUUUUUCACAAACUCUGGGACGGAGGCGAACGAACUGGCCAUCAUGAUGGCGAGAUUGUACACUGGCUGUCAGGACAUUAUAUCGGUGAGGAAUGGGUAUCACGGAAAUGCAGCUGGGACGAUGGGGGCUACUGCUCAAAGCAAUUGGAAAUUCAAUGUCGUUCAGGCCGGAGUUCACCACGCUUUAAACCCAGACCCAUACAGAGGUGUGUUUGGCUUGGAUGGAGAAAAGUAUGCAAGAGAUGUGCACGAGAUCAUUCAGUACGGAACGACUGGACACAUCGCCCGUUUUCUCUUCGAAGCUAUCCAGGGGGUUGGAGGGAUUGUGGAACUGGCUCCAGGGUAUGUUCCAGCGGUCUACGAUAUUGUUAAGAAAGCUGGGGGUUUGGUUAUAGCCGAUGAAGUUCAGUCCGGAUUUGCUCGAACUGGAAAUUUCUGGGGAUUCGAGGCCCAUGGUGUGGUCCCUGACAUCGUAACCAUGGCUAAGGGGAUCGGAAACGGGUUUCCACUGGGAGCAGUGGUGACGACAGCGGAGAUAGCAGAGGUAAUGACACGACGCAGCUACUUCAACACCUUUGGUGGGAACGCAGUGGCGACAACGGCAGGUCAUGCUGUCCUGAGAGUGAUCGAGAAAGAGAGACUUGAGGAGAAUGCGGCUGUGGUGGGCUCCUAUCUCAAGGAGAGACUCAUUCAACUCAAAGACAAACAUCAAAUAAUAGGGGACGUGAGAGGAAGAGGACUGAUGAUCGGAGUGGAGCUGGUGACUGAUCGAAAGCUCAAGACUCCUGCAGCUGCGGAGACUAUGAGAGUUAUGGAUAAAAUGAAAGAAUUGGGGGUGUUGAUUGGGAAGGGGGGAUUCUUCGGGAACGUGUUCAGAAUCACACCUCCACUCUGCUUCACCAAGGAAGAUGCAGAUUAUCUGGUGGAAGCAAUGGAUUACAGCAUGUCCAAGAUGUGACUUCGUCCCAUUUUGGGGAACACGGACACCACACCUGGACUGUGUCGUCCUUUUUUAUAUGAGUUCCUUGUGAAAAUAGCAGUGUACCCUGAUGUGAUGAGCCAACAUCUCGUUGACUCUCACAUCGUUUUUUUUUUUCCUUUUCUGAAUAAUUAUAUCUUCUUUUCAACGUAUAA